AUGUCCACGUCCUCUUCAUCUCGCACCGAGAACACGGGACAAGCUGCUGGUCAGCACGAGCAAGAAAACCGCCGCCGUACGAGCCGCUCGCCCAGCUUCGAAAUCAACCAGUCCUCCAUCGUUGAGCGGUGUAGUGUUCUCUACACAACUCUCGGCGGCAAGUAUCCUUACUGUAACCGGACACAGGUUGACAGAUCCUUCUGA